CCGCCCUUCUUCCGCGGCCCCAGCUGCGCCAGCUGCGCGGAGACCCCCGAAGUCGCCGCCGCCGCAGAGUGUGUGCCCGCGCCCCAGGCCCGCAGAUGCUCAGUGCUGAGAUACCGCUGCAAUUUAGAACAAGUACUACUGUCAAUAAACAAGAAAGGAAACCUGGAACUUUCUCUGUGAAUGUCACUUUUCAUUGACUGAAGGCUCAUAAGGAUUUGAUUCAGUCGCAUCUAUUUGUCCCGUGGCCCCUCUCUUUUCACCCCGUCAGAAGUUAGCAUGUCACUGAAAAGCAAGACCAGGGUGAACACGUCUACACUGCAGAAAAUCGCCACAGAUAUGAGCAACCUCAUAGAAAAUCUCGACACCCGGGAGCUUCAUUUUGAGGGAGAGGAGGUGGAAUAUGACACAUCUCCAGGAGACCCCAAGGCUCAGGAAGAGUGCAUCCCAUUCUCUUCUAUUUACAACACUCAAGGAUUUAAAGAGCCCAACAUCCAGACCUACCUCUCUGGCUGUCCUGUAAAAGCACAAGUACUGGAAGUGGAGCGCUUCACAUCGACCUCAAGGGUGCCAAGUAUCAACCUGUACACGAUCGAGUUAACGCACGGGGAAUUCACGUGGCAAGUUAAGAGGAAAUUCAAGCACUUCCAAGAGUUUCACAGAGAGCUGCUCAAGUACAAAGCCUUCAUCCGGAUCCCCAUCCCCACCAAAAGACAUACAUUUAGAAGACAAAAUGUCAAAGAAGAACCCCGAGAGAUGCCCAGUCUGCCCCGUUCAUCAGAAAACGCAAUCCAGGAGGAGCAGUUCUUUGGCAGGAGGAAGCAACUGGAAGAUUACUUGACAAAAAUACUAAAAAUGCCCAUGUACAGAAAUUAUCACGCCACGACAGAGUUCCUUGAUGUAAGCCAGCUGUCUUUCAUCCAUGAUCUGGGACCAAAGGGCCUGGAAGGCAUGAUCAUGAAAAGGUCUGGGGGACACAGGAUACCAGGUGUGAAUUGCUGUGGCCAUGGACGAGCCUGCUACCGGUGGUCAAAGAGGUGGUUGAUAGUGAAGGACUCUUUCCUGCUGUAUAUGAAACCAGAUAGCGGGGCUAUUGCCUUCGUCCUCCUUGUAGAUAAAGAAUUCAGCAUCAAAGUGGGAAGGAAAGAGACAGAAACGAAAUAUGGACUUCGGAUCAAUAAUCUUUCAAGGACACUGAUUUUAAAAUGUAACAGCUACAGACACGCCCGGUGGUGGGGAGGCGCCAUCGAGGAGUUUAUCCAGAAGCAUGGCGCUGACUUCCUCAAAGAACAUCGCUUCGGGUCCUACGCUGCUCUUCAUGAGAACAUGUUAGCUAAGUGGUAUGUGAACGCCAAAGGUUACUUUGAAGACAUCGCAAAUGCGAUGGAAGAGGCUUCGGAAGAGAUUUUUAUCACAGACUGGUGGUUAAGUCCAGAAAUCUUCCUGAAGCGCCCAGUGGUGGAAGGCAACCGCUGGAGGCUGGACUGCAUCCUCAAACGGAAAGCACAACAAGGUGUGCGGAUCUUCAUAAUGCUUUACAAAGAGGUGGAGCUAGCCCUCGGGAUCAACAGCGAGUACAGCAAGCGGACGUUGAUGCGGCUGCACCCCAACAUAAAGGUGAUGAGACACCCGGACCACGUGUCCUCCAGCGUGUACCUGUGGGCUCACCAUGAGAAGCUUGUCAUUAUUGACCAAUCAGUGGCUUUUGUGGGUGGGAUUGACCUGGCCUACGGAAGGUGGGAUGACAAUGAGCACAGACUCACAGACGUGGGCAGUGUCAAGCGGGUCACCUCAGGACUGUCUCUGGGCUCCCUCACGGCAGCAUCAGUAGAGUCUAUGGAAUCCUUAAGCCUCAAGGAUAAACAUGAAUUUCAUAAAAAGGAGCCCAUCUCAAAGAUUGUUGAUGAGACCGACAUGAAGCUGAAAGGGAUAGGAAAGUCCAGGAAAUUCUCCAAAUUUAGUCUCUAUCGCCAGCUGCACCGUCACCACCUGCACAACGCGGACAGCAUCAGCAGCAUCGACAGCACCUCCAGUUAUUUUAGCCACUGUAGAAGUCAUCAGAAUUUAAUCCAUGGGUUAAAGCCCCACUUGAAACUCUUUCACCCUUCCAGUGAGUCUGAGCAGGGGCUCACUAGGCACAGCACUGACACUGGCUCCAUCCGCAGCGUGCAGACCGGAGUGGGAGAACUCCAUGGGGAGACUAGGUUUUGGCAUGGGAAGGAUUACUGCAACUUUGUCUUCAAGGACUGGGUUCAGCUGGACAAACCUUUUGCUGAUUUCAUCGACAGGUACUCUACCCCCCGGAUGCCUUGGCAUGAUAUUGGCUCUGUGGUCCAUGGAAAGGCAGCUCGGGAUGUGGCUCGACACUUCAUCCAGCGCUGGAACUUCACUAAGAUUAUGAAGCCAAAAUACCGCUCCCUUUCUUAUCCCUUCCUGCUACCAAAGUCUCAAGCGACAGCGCACGAGUUGAGGUAUCAGGUGCCAGGGGCCGUCCCCGCCAAAGUGCAGUUGCUCCGAUCUGCUGCUGAUUGGUCUGCUGGUAUAAAGCACCAUGAGGAAUCUAUCCACGCUGCCUACAUCCAUGUAAUAGAGAACAGCAAGCACUACAUUUAUAUUGAAAACCAAUUUUUCAUAAGCUGUGCUGAUGAUAAAGUUGUGUUCAACAAGGUGGGAGAUGCUAUCGCCCAGAGAAUCCUGAAAGCCCACAGGGAAGGCCAGAGAUAUCGGGUGUACAUUGUGAUACCGCUGCUGCCAGGAUUCGAGGGAGACAUUUCCACAGGCGGGGGGAACGCUCUACAGGCAAUAAUGCACUUCAACUACAGAACCAUGUGCAGAGGGGAGAGCUCCAUCCUUGAACAGUUAAAGCCAGAGCUUGGUAAUAAGUGGAUAAAUUACAUAUCGUUUUGUGGUCUGAGAACACAUGCAGAGCUGGAAGGAAACCUAGUCACCGAGCUCAUCUACGUCCACAGCAAGUUGUUAAUUGCUGAUGACAACACAGUUAUUAUUGGUUCUGCCAACAUCAAUGACCGGAGCAUGCUGGGGAAGCGAGACAGCGAAAUGGCUGUCAUAGUGCAGGACACAGAGACGGUCCCAUCGGUGAUGGAUGGAAAAGAAUAUCAAGCUGGUCGCUUUGCCCGAGACCUUCGCCUGGAGUGCUUCAGACUUGUCCUGGGUUAUCUUUCUGACCCAAGUGAGGACCUUCAGGAUCCUGUGAGUGACAAAUUCUUUAAGGAGAUUUGGGUUUCAACAGCAGCUCGAAACGCUACCAUAUAUGAUAAGGUCUUCCGGUGCCUUCCCAAUGAUGAAGUACACAAUUUAAUCCAGUUGCGGGACUUUAUAAACAAGCCCAUAUUAGCAAAAGAAGAUCGCCUUCGAGCCGAGGAAGAACUGAGGAAGAUCCGAGGGUUCUUGGUGCAGUUCCCUCUCUAUUUCUUAUCAGAGGAAAACCUGCUGCCUUCCGUUGGAACCAAAGAAGCCAUUGUGCCUAUGGAGGUUUGGACUUAAACCGUUUGCAACUGAGGGUCUUCCAACAGGAAGACCACAGCUCAUAUAUGUUCACUUCUAAGGACUUCACAGCCAGAGUUGGGCCUGAUGCCUCCUGUCACCAACCCACUGGACUCUUUCAGAGUGGCUGGGUGUGACAGUGGUCACCCUGAUGUAAGGACGCUGGACAUAAGCAGAUCUUCAUCAUUCCCCCUACUUGUCCUUGAGAAAAGCAGCUAUGUUCUUAUUGUUAGCAUAUGCUCAAAUAAUACCAAACACAGACACAAAUUACAUCAUGUAUUUUAAAACACAUUUCCUUUGCUAAUAAGACUCUGCCUGUGACUGUGAUCCAUACAAGUUGCCAAAAGUUGCCUGAACGCUCUUGUUCUUAUGUUCAUUUAUGCAGCUGGGGCCUACCUUGUUAUCCAUACAACAUUGUUUAAGAGAUUGCUUAUUAAUGAAAGAUGUUGGAGAGCUGCUUUGAUGGUCCUCAAGGAUCUAUAUGGUGCCUGUACCCAACCUGAUCCUGAUGUGAGCAUAUCUACCAAGCCAAGACAUUGUUCUCUGUUCUUUUUCAGUCACUGUAGAGACAGAACAGGCUUUGCCUACCUAACUCCAUACACUAGGCACUUCUGAGGACAUCGUUACUGUAUCUUAGUAACAGGAAGGCAUUAAAUCCUAAUACCGAAGAAGGAUUUCUCUCUGUUCCCAAGAUACUGUCCAGCUGUGUCCUUGUCAUCUGAUAACAUUUGUCAAUAUGUGCAGCAUAUGUCAAAACAUUGUAACCAGAUACGCACAGAUGGGACCUCCAAGAUGUCAGUGGGAAUCCAGUUCAGAAAAAGGACAAGAUUCCUGACUGUCUGAAGAAUCCCUGUCCUCCUUGACCACUGGAUUGAUAGGAAAAAAAUGUUGAUUUUCUCCAUUGUAAGGCCAGUGAAUGUAAUUUGUCUUUCAAAUGAAUCAAAGGCUUUGUAAUGUCCUUCACCUAAGAAGCAUGAGUCUAACCUUAUUUACCUUCAGUUUUCCACUAUACCUUCUUUAGGGGAAAAAGCAAUUGAUCAUACAAGAUCUCUACUUUGCUUGAACUGUUAACUAUAUUGUAUCAUUCCAACAUAGCUUCCAAAGAAGCUGAAAUAAUAACUCACAUUGUUCCGAUCUGAAAUGUGGAUAUCCACUUUCCCUCUCAGCUGGUAUUGUGCCCUUUGUAGACCAAAUUUCAGAGCUCCUCUUGCAUCCUGGGAGUGUCUAUGGGUUCCUGGAAGCCUGGGACUUGUGCAUGUGAGGUACCUAUGUGAUUGUAAACAAAAGGGAUUGCUGGAGUAAAAUUUCCUUUGAGGUGCUCUUCAAAGCAACUCCCAACCCAUGCUUUCAUGGAUAAAUAUGCUGGUGUGAUGACACAGGACCACAAAGCCAGUGAUAUAGGUUAGUAACAAAGUGACAGUUAUAUCCAAGGGAAGAUGUGUCAUCCCUAAGGAACAUUGUACAAAUGAGGUAGGAUUUGUAAUCAACAAUGGAAAUUAACAUGUUUUUAUGAAUAAAUAACUUAUUUCUUA